AUGCAGGGAGUGAAGUUUGUGGAUGUUCUGAAGUCGUUUGAGGGAAAAACUGAGGGAGAGGAUUACAAGAAGCAGAAGAAGGGAUACGACGAGAGAAAACUGAUUGAAAACGACGUGAAGCGGACACAGCUCCUGGGGGUUAGAAGGGUCUCUAAAGAGUCUAGUGUUCUUAAGAUGAUUCUUUUUGAUUGCCUGUGCACGAUUUCUGUUGAAUAUGUGCAGGGAAUGAGCGAAAUAGCAUCUGUAUUUGUUUUGCACUAUUUCAAAGACAUUGUUAGGAAGGAGAUUGGAGUGGAUACUGAGGAAACGAAUGAACAUGUAGAUAAAGAAGAGGAUGAUUCGGUUGAUAUUUCUGAACGGUUUAUAGAUGCGGGGGAAGAUGAGAAGACAAAGAUUAAGGAGAUAAUCAAAAAAAAUUCAGAAGUAAAUGAUGUGCUCAGGACGGUACUGAUAAAUGUGUUUAGAAGGAAAUUUGAACCUAUAGUGGCUGAUGGAUUUAAGGAGUAUAGAAGGAAUAUGAAAGUGUUUGUGGAGAUGAUAAGACGUAGGACUGGGACAAGGAUAUCAGAGAUGGAAUGCUUCCGGUUUAUGGAGAGCAUCCUGACGUUUUUUCUGAGGAAUCUGUCGAGUGUGGAGGAUGUGCACAAGAUGUUUGAGAUAAUUCUUGCAUGCCCCAACAAUUGUCCGUUUAUUCUACUUGUGCUGUUUUAUGAGCAGAUAUCUACGAAGAAAGCAAUACAAAAAGUUGAUGAUGAUCUGUUUGUGAAAGUUAUUGAAGUGGAAGAGGAGUUUAUCAGGACGCAGAAGAGGACUGAAGAGGGAAGCAAAGUGUCUAGAAGGAAUAUGUUAGUUGCAGGAGGCGUUGUAAGUGUGGUUGUAGCGAUAGCAAUAUACGGAGCGAUGAAGAGGGAAGGAUCUAAAGGAUGA